CCGACCGUGUGAGAGUCAUCAGCUCGGCUCUCUCAAGCGGGUUGCCUCGUCGCGACGCCCCGUCCAGCGCCUUUGCUGCUGGGACUGCAGCACGUUGAGAAGACCGCUGGUGGAAGUUUGGGGCCACACUGCUUUAGGCUUCUGGCAAGAUGAACGUGGAAAACCAGGAUGUGUUGCUGGAGGUGGAAGAAGAGGAAGGAGAGGGGGAGGAGGAAGAAGAGGAUGGGGAGAUUGUCUUGGAAGAAUUGGAGCAAACUAUUAUCUCCAGCUAUGGAGCAGUAUUCAACCAGCAAGCACUUAAUAAGCCAGAAUGGGCCGAGUUUAAUCUGAAACCUGACUCCCUGUACUUUAACGAUGGUCAGAGAAGAAUUGACUUCAUUUUAGUGUACGGUGAUGAAAGCAAAAAGGAAAAUAAGAAAAAGAGCUUUCACAUAAAGCAAAUGAGGAAGAGGCAAGCUUAUGAGUCCAACUUGAUACACCAUGGUUUGCAACUUGAAGCAACAAGGUCGAUCUUGGAUGAAAAGCUGACCUUUGUAAAAGUGCAUGCACCUUGGGAAGUGCUGUGUGCAUAUGCUGAGAUAAUGCACAUUAACUUGCCCCUACAACCUAAUGACCUGAAAACCCGUGAGUCAGCAUUUAGCUGGUUUACUAGAUUCUUCAGUGUGAAUGAAAACAUCAUCAAACCAGAGAAGGAGUUUUUUACAGCUCCAUUUGAAAAUGACCGUUUGUCAGACUUUUACAUUCAGGACAAGGACACAUUCUUCAAUCCAGCAACAAGAAGCCGUAUAGUUCACUUUAUUCUUUGCCGUGGGGAAUAUGCAGUAAGAGAUAACGUGAGGAAGUUUGGUAUCAGUAAGCUACUGGACUCUGGGAUCUACAAGGCAGCUUUUCCACUCCAUGAUUCCAGAUUCAAUUACCAGUCAGAGGAGCCCAACUGCCCAAAUGAACGGUAUCUGCUAUAUAGAGAAUGGGCCCAUCCUCGAAAUAUUUUCAAAUUGCAACCCUUGGCUUUUGUUAGGAAAUAUUAUGGUGAGAAAAUUGGGAUCUAUUUUGCUUGGCUGGGUUUCUAUACUCAGAUGUUAGUCCUGGCAGCAAUAGUUGGACUUGGAUGCUUUUUAUAUGGAUAUUUCACAAAGGACAACUGUACCUGGAGCCAAGAGGUAUGUGACCCUAACAUAGGAGGAACCAUCAUCAUGUGCCCACAAUGUGAUAAGGCAUGUCCGUUUUGGAGCCUCGCCAUCACCUGUGAAUCAUCCAAGAAACUGUGUAUAUUUGAUAGUUUUGGAACACUUGUGUUUGCAGUAUUUAUGGGAAUAUGGGUUACUUUGUUCUUGGAGUUCUGGAAACGGCGGCAGGCUGAGCUGGAAUAUGACUGGGACACAGCUGAGUUCUUAGAGCAAGAAGAGCAAAUACGCCCAGAGUAUGAAGCAAGCUGCCAUCACAUAGUAGUAAAUGAAAUUACACAGAAAGAAGAGCAUGUCCCAUACACAGCCUGUGGAAAGUGUGUAAGGAUAACCUUCUGUACAAGUGCUGUUUUAUUCUGGAUCCUGCUCAUUAUCGCUUCUGUUGUUGGCAUAAUUGUAUACAGACUGUCUGUUUUCAUGACGUUUUCUGCAAAUUUCCCAAAGUCUAUUAAUGGAAUAGAAGCAAUCCAGAAGUACCUGACUCCACAGACAGCAACCUCUGUGUCUGCUUCAGUCAUCAACUUCAUAAUCAUUAUGAUUCUGAACAUGAUCUAUGAGAAAGUUGCUAUAAUGAUUACUGACUUUGAACUACCAAGAACACAGACCGAUUAUGAAAACAGUCUGACCAUGAAGAUGUUCUUAUUCCAGUUUGUCAACUAUUAUUCUUCAUGUUUUUACAUUGCAUUCUUUAAGGGUAAAUUUGUAGGUUACCCUGGUGACCCAGUUUAUUGGCCAGGAAAUUACAGAAACGAAGAGUGUGAUCCAGGUGGAUGUCUUCUUGAACUUACUAUGCAGCUGAUUAUAAUUAUGGGAGGCAAAGCAAUCUGGAAUAACAUUCAAGAAGUGCUUCUUCCGUGGCUUAAGAAUCUGAUUGGAAGAUGUUGCUCAGCUGCUCGGUCAGAAAAGAUUAUCCCACGCUGGGAACAGGACUACCAUCUGCAACCAUUUGGCAAGCUGGGAUUGUUUUACGAAUAUCUUGAAAUGGUGAUACAGUUUGGAUUUGUCACCUUAUUUGUGGCAUCAUUCCCAUUGGCACCCUUGCUGGCUCUUUUGAACAAUUUGCUGGAAAUACGUGUGGAUGCCUGGAAGAUUACAACACAGUUCAGACGCAUGGUUCCUCAAAAAGCACAGGACAUAGGAGCAUGGCAGCCAAUCAUGCAAGGAAUAGCCAUUCUUGCUGUGGUGACAAAUGCAAUGAUAAUUGCUUUUACAUCUGAUAUGAUUCCACGCUUGGUUUAUUACUGGUCAUUUUCAGUCCCUCCCUAUGGGAACCACAACAGUUACACCAUGAAGGGAUACAUAAACAACACACUUUCUAUCUUCGCUCUAUCAGACUUCAGAAAUGGAAGCGAGCCAGCUCUUUCCGGGCUGAACCUAACAACAUGCAGAUACAGGGAUCUCAGAUACCCUCCUGGACAUGAACAUCAGUAUGAACACAAUAUCUAUUACUGGCAUGUUAUUGCAGCCAAGUUAUCUUUCAUCAUAGUGAUGGAGCAUAUCAUCUACUUUGUGAAAUUCGUUAUUUCAUACACUGUUCCAGAUGUGUCAAACAAAACUAAGAGCAAAAUUAAACGAGAGAAAUAUCUAACACAGAUCCUCCUGCAUGAGAAUCCUCUGAAAGCUGUGAAGAAAAAUAUGGGAAGCAUUGCUGAUAAAAUAAUAAAAGGAGCAGAUGGUACCUUCCGACCUAAAUAUGAUUAAAGACUUGACACAG